AUGGGGGGUCCACGAGAAGAAAACAUAACCGAUAGCUCAUCCACACCACAGGAGCGUCAGAGCCCAGUGGUGGAGAAAACACUUCCAUGCGGCGGGCUAGCAGAAAUAAGAGCGCUGUGUACAGACGUACCAGUGACUCAAAGUGAAUAUUGGGAGCAGGAUGAUGGUAGCCUGAGGACUCCCACGGCAGAGAUCGUUUUGACAGAGGCACUGGAUAAUCCUCUGUCACAGAGGAAGAAAAUGGCCAAAAAGCAAAUAACUGCAGUCAUGGUUGCCCUCUGUUCGAUAAUAGCCACUGUUCUUCCCACGAUAGCGGGAGAGUUCAAGGCAACUAAGAGCAGUUAUUCAUGGAUGGCAUCAUCCUAUCUCCUCGGUAAUGCCUCGGUCAUUCCUCUCUGGGGGAAAUUGAGCGAUAUUUGGGGGCGCAAACCCAUUAUUAUGUGCGCAAACAUCCUGUUUCUCCUUGCGAGUUUGAUGUGCGCUCUGGCGCCGAAUACGGUAACUUUAAUUGCCGGGAGAGCAAUUCAAGGUAUUGGAGGAGGAGGCUUAAUUUUGCUUGGACAGAUUUGUGUGGGAGACUUGUUCAGUCAAAGAGAACGCCCGAUAUAUUACGCCAUGUUCGGAAUGACAUGGGCCAUUGCAGGCUCCAUAGGUCCUGUCGUGGGAGGAAUAUUCACAGAGAAAGUAACCUGGAGAUGGUGUUUUUAUAUCAACCUCCCAUUUGGCGGUUUCGCUUUAGCAACCCUCUUUAUUUGGCUCAAAAUUGAAACGCCCAAAACGCCUCUCCUUGCUGGCAUUCGCGCAAUCGAUUGGUUUGGAACUAUAACCAUCAUAGGCGGAACGCUGAUGUUCCUCUUCGGUCUCGAAUUUGGCGGGAUAUCCUUUCCCUGGAAUUCCGCAACAGUGAUCUGCCUCAUAAUAUUCGGUGCCGUCAUGAUGGGCAUCUUUGUCAUCAUCGAGCGCAAAGUAGCCAAGUACCCUGUGAUGCCCAUGGCUCUUUUCUCAGACACAAGCAACAUCUUCACCCUACUAGUAAACUGGUCGCACGGUUCUUCAUUUAUUGCGGGCGCAUUUUUUCUCCCGUUCUAUUUUCAAACCGUCCUCGGAGCAAGCCCCAUCAUGAGUGGUGUUUACCUUCUGCCACAAGUGGUCUUCCUAUCCAUCACUUCCUUCGCCAUAGGGUUCACGAUUCGCAAGACUGGCAUGUACGUUGAAUUCAUCAGACUGGGCAUGCUUGUCAUGACACUUGGCAACGGCCUGUACAUUGACCUCAAACCAUACACAUCCUGGCCACGCCUGAUCAUAUACCAACUCAUCACUGGCAUUGGGAUCGGCCCAAAUUUCCAAGCCCCUAUGCUAGCCCUGCAAUCACGGGUCCCGCAAUCGGAUGUAUCGACCGCAACAACAACGCAUGGGUUUAUCAGACAACUCUCAACCUCCUCCUCCAUCGUGUUGGGUGGAGUCGUCUAUCGAAACGUGCUCAAGCAAUCUGGACCAAAAUUAUUUGCUGCACUGGGUCCUGAACUUGCAGAGAAAUUACUCAGCAAUAGGGUCAGCAGCCGAACUCAUACUUUAAGAACUUUAACUGAGACGCAGCGACGGAUCGUACUGGACGUGCACAACGUUGCUUUCAGCCGUAUGUGGAUUUAUUACACAGUUAUUAGUGCGAUAGGAUGUUUGUGCAGUUUCUUCAUACGAAAGAAAGAACUGAGUCGGCAUCACGAAGUAACGAAAACUGGACUCGAAGCGCAAGAGGAUGCGAGAAAGGCACGGCUUACUGCUAAGCGUGAGUUGGAGGAGAAAAAGCAACAAGAUAAGGGGUAA